AUGAAGCUCUACCAGCACAUCCUGGCCUUGGUCUUUGCUGUAAAAGAGAUCAACGAGAACCCCAGCAUCUUGCCCAAUCUCACUCUUGGGUUCCACAUUUAUGACAACCACCAUGGCGAGAGGUUCACCUAUCAGACCACACUGGAGCUGCUCUUCAAAUCACGCCAUUUUGUCCCUAACUACAAAUGUGACCUCCAGAAAAACCUCAUCGCUGUCAUUGGGAGUAUUCAGCGUGAGAGCUCAUUGUACAUGGCAAACCUCUUGGAUCUCUUCAAGAUUCCACAGCUCACCUAUGGAUCAUUUGCCUCAGAUGACAGUGACGGGAAAGAGUUCUACUUUUACCGCAUGGUGCCUAAUGAAGCUCAUCACUAUCCUGGGAUUCUUCAGCUGCUUCUCCAUUUUGGAUGGACGUGGGUGGGACUCUGGGCCAUGGAUGAUGACAGUGGAGAAAAUUUCUUGCAAACCUUGGAGCUGUUGCUCUCCAGGAAAGGAAUCUGUUUGGCUUUCAGUAAAAAAAUGGCCACAAAAGCAGAUAUGAAUGACAUAGCUGAUAGCCUUGCUCUAUUUACAAAAAGAGAUAUCUAUCUCCCAGACCGAAAAAUCAGUACAAUUAUACUCUAUGCAGAUACAAGGACAGUGACGAUCCUGAACACAUAUUUGUCCGUACAAACAUUUCUAUAUAACUGUACAUGGGGCAAGGUGUGGAUUUUAACAGCCCAGAUUGAUUUUGCCGUAGCAGCGUUGCAAAGAACCUUAGAUUUUCACUUUUUCCACGGGGCAAUCUCUUUUACCAUUCACUCGCAUGAACCUCCGGGUUUCCGUACAUUUCUUCAAGACCACAAACCUUCUGGGGCAGAAGAAAAUCAUUUUCUGAAGUUCUUCUGGGAGCAAGCAUUUGUCUGUACAUUUGUCAAUAGAGAGGAGUCCCCAGAAAUCGAUGGUUCUUGUACAGGAGAGGAGAAGUUGGAAAGCCUUCAUAGGGAAGUUUUUGACAUGGAAAUGAGUGGCCACAGUUACAGCAUCUACAACGCUGUCUAUGCUGUGGCCCAUGCUUUGCAUAGAGCACACACCUCUAGAUCUAACCUUAGAACUAGAAAGAGUGGGGAAAGGUCUGACUUUCAAGAACUUCAACCUUGGCAGAUCCCACCUCUUUCAGAGUGUAACGCGCACUGCCAGGCUGGUUCUCAGAAGAAGAAAAUAGAAAGCAAGAAGUUUUGCUGUUACGAUUGUUCCCAGUGUCCCAAAGGGAAGAUGUCAAGUCAGAAGGACAUGGACAAUUGUGUCAAGUGUCCAGAAGAUGAGUAUCCAAGCAAUAACCAAGAUCGAUGUCUGCCUAAGAUGCUACAUUUUCUGUCUUAUGAAGAACCUUUAGGAUUCGCUUUGAGUUACAUUGCUAUGUCUUUUUUCCUCUUCACAGCUUUGGUUCUCGCCAUUUUUUUAAAGCACAAAGAUACCCCCAUUGUCAAGGCCAACAACAGAGAGAUCACCUAUGCUCUCCUGGUGUCCCUCUUGCUCUGCUUCCUCUGCUCUAUGCUUUUCCUAGGACAGCCAAGCAAAGUGACCUGCCUCCUCCAGCAAUCUGCUUUUGGCAUCAUCUUCACCGUGGCUGUUUCUUGUGUCUUGGCCAAAACCAUCACUGUGAUUGUAGCUUUCAUGGCCACCAAACCAGGGUCCAGCAUGAGGAAGUGGGUGGGGAAAAGAAUGGCCAAUGCGAUUGUGCUUUCUGGCUCCUUCAUUCAAGCAGGUAUUUGUCUUGUGUGGCUAGGGACGUCUCCUCCUUUCCCAAAUUAUGACACUCACUCAAUGGAUGAGGAAAUCAUUUUUGAAUGUAAUGAAGGAUCUGUCCUCAUGUUCUACAUUGUCCUGGGCUACAUGGGACUUCUGUCUCUCAUCAGCUUGACUGUGGCUUUCUUUGCCAGGAAGUUGCCAGACAGCUUCAACGAAGCCAAGUUCAUCACCUUCAGCAUGCUGAUCUUUUGCAGUGUCUGGGUUUCCUUUUUCCCCACUUACCUGAGCACCAAAGGGAAAUACAUGGUGGCCGUGGAGAUCUUCUCCAUCGUGACUUCCAGUGCAGGGUUACUGGUCUGUAUUUUUUUCCCCAAGUUCUACAUUAUUCUGAUGAAGCCUGAACUGAAUGACAGGGAGCUGCUCAUAAGGAGGAAGAAAUGA